GAUUAUUAAUGAUGGUAAUAAACCCAAGAAUAUUCGACCAUGAAAUCCUACACCAAAUCAAAUUGUUCAAGUCAAACAAGGCGGCACCCUCACCCCCUACCGGUAUUUGGGUUUGGAGCAUCAUAUAAACUUUUCAACCAUUCUCCCCUCAAACCACCCCUCACCGGAAAACCCAACAAAUUUCACCCGAUCUUUCAAUUUACACCCAAAGAUCGACCCUUUCAUGGAUCAAUCGUCCUCAAACUCUUCACACACAGUUGGGUUUUUCGUUCUUGAUUCCUUCGUUGCUUCAAAAUUAGGUUUUUCUCGGUACCCUGUUCAUCAUCUCCCCUGUAUUUCCUUCUAACGGUUUUCUUCACAAGCUUUCAUCAAUGGGUAAACAACGCCGUGUUCAGAGGAAGAAUGCUGCAAUGCUUGACGAUGAUGAUACCGAUAGUGUCAGUUCUUCGUCGACUAGCUGGUCGGAGCAGAUGAUGGGGACGGGUGGGGAGGAUGUUCUCACCGAUAAAGAGAGUGUGCUUGAUCAAAGUUUAGAUGCUUUGUUUGAGAAAAGGGGGUCAACAAGGGAGAAGGCUUUGGUGGCAAUCAUAGAGGGUUUCAGUAGCAACUUGCCUCAUGAAUUUGUCGAAAAGAAAUUUGCAACAAUGCUGCAUCAGUGUCUGAAUUCUAUCAAGAAGGGCUCUGCAAAAGAGAUAGCUUUAGCAUCAAAUGCCAUAGGAUUAUUGGCUCUAACUGCUGGCCCUGGUAAGAAAUCACAAGAAAUACUAGAAGAAGCAAUUACUCCCAUUUCAGAGGCUCUCAAAUCUCGUUCCGAUUCAUCAAAGAUAGCAUCGUUGCUAGAUUGUUUGGCUGUGAUCACUUUUGUUGGCGGAAAUGAAGCAGAAGAAACCGAUAAGUGCAUGCAAAUAAUGUGGCAAGUUGUCCACCCUAAAUUGGGUCCCAAUGUCGUUGCCGCUAAACCAUCACCGCCAGUAAUAGCCGCCAUGGUAUCCGCUUGGUCACUUCUCCUCACAACAAUGGAUGGUUCAACACUUGAUCCCAAAAGUUGGCAAGGGUCAAUUUCUUAUCUUUCGACUCUUUUAGAGAAAGAUGACAGAUCGGUUCGUAUCGUAGCCGGCGAAGCGCUUGCGCUUAUUUUUGAAAUCGGAAAUCUUGAAAAAUUAUCCGUCCAAGAUGUUACGCAUAUUCAAGGUCUGAAAGCUAAAAUCUUGAAUCAAGUUAGGAAUCUUUCUGUUGAAGCGGGCGGGAAGGGUUCUGCGAAAAAGGAUCUUAACAACCAACGGAACACGUUUCGGGACAUUCUAGAAUUUCUUGAGGAUGGGUAUUGUCCAGAAACAUCGGUGAAGAUUGGAGGAGAGUCGCUUACCACCACAACAUGGUGCCAGUUGGUACAGCUUAACUUUAUAAAGCGUUUUCUCCGAGGAGGAUUCAUCAAACACAUGCAGGAAAAUGAAUUUCUUCAUGAGGUGUUUGACUUCACACCAAAGAAAAUACUUCAUCCCGGUGGAGAUCGUGUAUCUGGGACUGAGAAGAGGAUGUACAAGUCUCCAAAUUCGGCUCUUAAUAAAGCGAGGACACAAUAUCUGAAUAAGCAGCGAAUGUUGUCACAGGAUAAAAAUGCGGGUCAUUAUGCUUCGGGGUUUGAUGAUUAGUUAAAAGCUGCAGCGCGUUGCUACAAUUCUGGAACCUUAUUUUAUCCAAGAUUAUGCAAAGGCUAAAGUUGUAUUUGUGGUAAAUCCAUUGAUCAACUAUAUAAUUAAAACUUGUUACUAUUUGGUGGUUAAAGGAGUUGGGUAGAAGUUUUUUAUGCAUAAUUUGAGGCUUCACUUGUAUUGAAAAUGUUGAGGGCAACUUAGUGGUGUUUAUGACACCAAUAAGGUAUAUUGAUAGGGUGGUAAAUGGAUCAGAUGUGUGGGCAAAUUUGACUGAAUUUAUAAGGAGUGUCCGAUUUUAAAUAUUAUUAUUAUUUGUCUAAUGGUU